AUGGAUAUGAUUGCUACCAACUUCAAUGACAAGGGUGUCCAUGAGUUCCCUGGAAUCAUUGGAGCCAUAGAUGGAUCUCAUAUCCAAAUUGAACCACCUUCAGAAAACCCCCAAUCGUAUUACAACAGGAAAAGAUUUCACUCAGUUAUACUUCAAGGCAUAUGUAAAGAUGAUAUGCAAUUUAUCCAUACCAAUAUUGGUUGGCCUGGCAGAGUCCAUGAUGCCAAAGUUUUGAAAAAUUCUGACGUGUGGGAUUCAGGUUACCAAAAAUGUGAUUUUGGCCGGUUUCACCUGCUUGGAGACGCAGCUUACCCUUUAAGAGUCUGGCUUUUAACCCCUUACAGAGAUACGGGGCACCUUUCCAGACAGCAGACCUAUUUUAACAAAUGUCUCUCAUCGAAAAGACAAAUUAUUGAGCGGGCAUUUGGACUGCUGAAAGGUCGCUUCCACAGAUUGAAAUACAUUUAUAAUAGGACAAUCAAGAAUACUUGUGAAAUUAUACAGGCAGCAUGCAUUCUUUACAAUGUGUGCAUUUGUAGUGGUGAGGAACUAGAAGACUUUCUUGACCUAGAUGAAAAUCUAAACAUUAACAGGAUGUAA